GCCAGGUCAAGGAGCUUGGCAUUGGUUAAAGAAAAAGGAUGGCUCUGGCUCUCGUUUCCUUCUCAAACAGCAACGACUAAAAGUUAUCGCAUGUGCGCUGGGAGCAGUUGUUCGCUUCUGACAGACGGAUAGUCUUCGCAUAGAUCACAAAUCGAAGUCGCCUUCUUCUGCGAACACAAUGCCUCCCUCAAAGUGGGACGACGAGUCCGAAGAGUCUUCCGAUGAGGAAUCCGUAGACGUUCCUGUCGCAGUCCCUGUUGCGACACGACGCAAGUUUGACGACGAAGAGGAUUCCGAUGAUGUCGCCGACAACUGGGAAGAAGAGGAAGACUCUGAGGUAGAAAGAGAGAAAGCUGCCAAGGCUGCAGCAGCCAAAGCAAAAGCCGAUGCAGAGGCCGCUGCCAACAAAAAGCCAAAAUCACAGCGAAUAGAAGAACACCGGGAAGCCGCAAGACGACGACGGGCGGAGGAAGAAGAUGACGAGGACAGCUCAGACGAAGAUGAGGCAGAAAAACGCGCACGUCUGCGACAGACAGAACAAGAUGCCGACCUCAAACACGCUCAAGAUCUCUUUGCUGGUGUUGGCAUGGGUCCCAAGUCUCGUUCUGCAACCAACAAAGCGGUGAUAAUCGAAGACAAGGAAAACCCUGGCCAGACCAUUGAUCUAUCGACACUACCUCUGUUCAAGGCUUCCACGAAAACACAGUUUGAUGCUUUAUCAGCCACCCUCGUACCUCUACUCACACAACUAUCCUCGAAACCGCACUACGCCAUCUGGGUGCCCAACUUUGUGAAACAAGUCUGCGCGGAUCUGCCCAGUACAGAGAUUAAGAAAGCAGCAAGUGCACUGACUGCCUUGAGUAACGAGAAAUUGAAGGAGGAGAAAGCCCAGGAUAAAGGUGGCAAGAAAUCCAAAGCAGCAAAGACCAAGACAACUCUGGCUGCGACACGAGACAUUGGCAGGGGUGCCGCUGAUACCACGAGCUACGAUGAUGCCGGCCUUGAGGAUGACGACUUUAUGUGAGGUUAGAGCAUGGUCUGCUUUGAUAUGCUAUUUUUUCGGGAUGUUGCAUACGCAUUACCGGUUCAGCAUAGCCUUGUUGAUACGACAGAAGCAUUUCAAGAUAGAUGAUGCGGCGUUUUUAGGGGUAAGAUGAUUGAGAGUCUACAAUAGAAACAAUCUUCUCCCGUUCUUUGUGGCUACAGCCUCGUAAAGAUGGUAUUGGCGCUAAGACUUCAAUAAUGGACA